AUGGGGUGUUGCCACUCAUUGUCUUCCGGGGAAGUUCCUCAACAGCGAGCCCACCAAAACCACGGAGAAGGAGAUCCACCAUUGACAAAGUUUUCCUUCUCCGAUCUCAACGUGGCCACCGAAAAUUUUAGUUUGAAAAAUGUUGUUUCAGAGAGCGGAGGAGAAUCGUCCAAUAUUGUCUACAAGGGCCGUUUGCAGAAUCAUGGUUUGAUCGCUGUUAAAAAAUUUAAUAAUAUGGCUUGGACUGAUCCCAAGACAUUUGUGGAGAAGGCACAUAGAGUUGGGGGGAUGAAGCACAAGAGACUCGUUAAUUUGAUUGGAUAUUGCUGUGAAGGAAAUGAAAGGCUUCUCGUUGCCGAGUUCAUGCCAAAUGAUACUCUUGCUAAGCAUUUGUUCCGUCGGAAAAAUCAUACCAUGGAAUGGGAAGUGCGAUUGAAAGUAGCAUAUUCUAUAGCUGAAGCAUUGGAUUGUUGUAGUAGUGCAGGCUUUGCAUCCUACAAUAAUUUAAGUGCUUACUCAAUUCUGUUUGAUGAGAAUGGUGAUGCAUGUCUUUCCUGUUUUGGGUUAAUGAAGGAGACCAACAAUGAUCGAAAAACAGCCGGAAGUGUGAACCCUGAAAGUGUGAUGUUUAGAUUUGGUACCAUCCUUGUGGAUUUGCUAAGUGGAAAGCCAAUUCCUCCAAGCCAUGCUCAUGAUAUGAUACAUGGGAAAAAUGUUGCUGAGUUGAUUGAUCCAAACUUGAAGGGAAAGUUCUCUGCAGACGAAGCUACCAUAGUUUUCAAACUCGCCUUUAAAUGUCUGCAAUACGAGGAUAGAGAGAGUCGCAACACAAAACACAUUGUUAGAACACUUGAAACCUUGCAAACUAAAACAGAUGCUCCAUCUUACGCAAUGCUUGAAAUGGCACAUCAUAGAGAGUUAUCUUCGAAUAAACUUUCGCCACUAGGAAAGGCCUGUUUGAGAAUGGACCUCACAGCUAUUCAUAAAAUCUUGGUGAUAGCAGAAUAUGAAGAUGACAAGGAGGUGGUUGAGUUCUCUUUCGAAGAAUGGAUGGAAGAGGCAAAAGAUAUUCAAGAGGUUCGAAAACAUGGUGAUCAAGCCUUCCUAGAGCAAGACUUUGAAACCGCCAUUAACUGUUAUUCUCAGUUCAUUGAUUCUAGGAGAACGGUGUAUCCAAGUGUUUAUGCGAGGCGUAGUCUAUGCUAUUUAUUCUGCAAUCAACCAGAUCGAGCACUUCACGAUGGGAUGAUUGCGCAAGAAGUAUUCCCUGAUUGGCCAACCGCCUUCUACUUGCAGUCUGUGGCACUAUCCAAAUUAAAUAUGAUCACUGAUUCUGCUGAUACUUUGAAAGAGGCAACUCUUUUUGAAGCAAAAAGACAUCACCGUAAGCAAGAUUCUUGA